AUGGCCGAUCCUUCAAAUGAGAUCGAGAGCGAGCCCAUUCUGCGGCCCAACCCGCAGCGGUUCUGCAUGUUUCCGAUAAAGUACAACGAGGUGUGGGAGUUCUACAAGAAGGCGGAAGCCAGCUUCUGGACCGCGGAGGAGGUGGAUCUAUCGCAGGACGUGCAGCACUGGGAGGGACUCACGGGUGACGAGCGGCACUUCAUCCUCAUGGUGCUCGCCUUCUUCGCCGCGUCCGACGGCAUCGUUCUCGAGAACCUCGCCGUGCGCUUCAUGAAGGAGAUCCAGAUCCCCGAGGCCAGAGCAUUCUACGGCUUCCAGAUCGCCAUCGAGAAUAUACACUCAGAGAUGUACAGUCUGCUGCUGGAGACGUACAUCAAGGACCCGGACGAGAAGGACCGGCUGUUCCGCGCCAUAGAGACGGUGCCGUGCGUGCAGAAGAAGGCCGAGUGGACCACGCGCUGGAUCGACGGCCACUCCAGCAAGACGAGCUUCGCGGAGCGCAUAGUGGCGUUCGCGUGCGUCGAGGGUAUCUUCUUCUCUGGCAGUUUCUGCGCCAUCUUCUGGCUGAAGAAGCGCGGGCUGCUGCCGGGUCUGACGUUCUCAAACGAGCUCAUCUCCCGGGACGAGGGCCUGCACACCGACUUUGGCUGCCUCAUCUACUCGCUGCUGGAGAACAAGUUACCGGAGGAGCGUGUGAAGGAGAUUCUGUGUGACGCGGUGACGAUAGAGGAGGAGUUCAUCCGCGAUUCUCUCCCCACGGAGCUGGUGGGCAUGAACGCCACGCUCAUGUGCCAGUACAUUGAAUUCGUCGCCGACCACCUGCUGAUUGCGCUGGGGUGCAGCAAGCAGUACAACGCCACUAACCCGUUUGACUGGAUGGAGCUCAUUUCAUUGCAGGGCAAGACGAAUUUCUUUGAGAAGCGGGUGGGUGAGUACCAGAAGGCGUCAGUGAUGUCAGGGCUCAACGGGGCACCAGGGCAGGGCAGAGUCUUCAGCACUGAGGAGGACUUCUGA